AUGCAGACACUGUCUCCAGCGCAAGCACGAAUACAACAGCGGCAGUUGUUUUUUCCGCACGAGUUAUCAUCCUGCUCGCAUGUUCUCGUUCGAGUUGAUUCGGUGAGCAUACAUUUAAAACAGCCUUGCGGAGGACCUUUUCGUGUCAUUUCACGUCACGACACAACCUUCAAGGUUGAUCGACAUGGCCGCGUCGGUACGAUUGGCAUAAAUCGUCUUAAAGCAGCAUAUUUUGACGAAAAUGUGCACGCUAACACUGAAAGUGCUGCUAAUCCCUCUCAGCCUCUGAACGAAACACCAGUCUCACGUUUAGGCUCUCAUGAUUCUCCUGCUGCACCAGCUUUAGACGAAGCAUCUGCUUCACGUCCUAGCUGGCAGCCUCCACAACUUGCCACGGCUCCAAAUGAGGCUUCACCCUCAAAUUCGAGUUGGCCACCACCACUUCCUGCCAUGGCUUUAGAUGAGGCAAUCGCUUUUCAUUCAGACCGGCAGCCUCGCGCCUCGGUUACGAUUUCGGACGUGACCUCGGUUUUAUGUCCAAGUCAACCCAAUGCAGCUUUGUCUCGACCAUCGAACGAGACUUCUGUCUCACGUUCUGGUUGA